AUGGAUUUCAAUUCAAUCUAUCGCUCGCCUAGCUAUUCAGGCUCACCUUCGAGACGCAAUCAUCUGUAUGAUAAAUCUAUGGAAAGCGCAGGAAUGCCUGCCAACAAGACUGUGGAGGAAGGAUUAAAAGAUGAACAACGUGCAUCACAAAACAUAUUCGAAAAACAGGACGCUGAUUUUCCCAGUACAUUCAACGAUUUUGACACAUCAUUUUAUGAAGCCGUCGAGGAUCUAGUGUACGAUGCAGACAAAGAAAACGAAUUACGGCAAAGAGUCACACAAACAGGUUCUUUCGUAAGUCAAGAUUAUCCUUCGACUGCAACACAACAUAGGCUGCGAUCCUUCAGGAAUGAAGACGAGCAUGUUACGACCGAAGGGGCUUCGUACGAUACACCAAGAACCCUAUGGGAUGUAUUACGACCGUUCGCCUUUGUUGUCUUUCUGAGUUAUUGGGUUGUCCGGGAGCCGGUGCCUACUACACACCCACUGCAAAAUAUCGAAUUUAUUUUAUACGUGCAUGCACCACAUUUGUGUGUCUCUUACUAG